ACCAAAACCAGCAACCACAACUCCACGUCAGCUUCGCUGUAGGCUGCAAGGCAAAGGUCUUCUGGUCUCCCAGUGGCACUCUCUACCCGAAGGCACGGGGACUUUCCCCGCAGCAUAGCUGGGAGCAAGCUCCCUGUGUGUUCGCUGCGCGGCCAUGCUUCUCCUGCCCCCUAAACUGCAAAGGCAUGGAGAGAGUGAGCCCCGUUCGGUUGGCGCACAAACGCUCAUGGCAUGACUUUGCUGCUGCAAAGGACCAAAACCAGCAACCACAACUCCACGUGAGCUUCGCUGUAGGCUGCACGGCAAAGGUCUUCUGGUCUCCCAGUGGCACUCUCUACCCGAAGGCACGCGGACUUUCCCCGCAGUAUAGCUGGGAGCAAGCUCCCUGUGUGUUCGGUGUGCGGCCAUGCUUCUCCUGCCCCCUAAAUUGCAAAGUUCCUGCAACAACAAGACAGGCAUGGAAUGAAUCAAGCUACUCCUAUGUCGACCUUGUUCCUCUGCUGUUCCUCCACCUUCAUCAAAUUCAGAUUUUGUGCUAAAAAAACGCCUCCGAGCAAAGAUCGCUCUGGCAGCUGCUUGUCAGCUUGUCCAUGGCUAAGUAGAAACCCUAAAAAGACGCCUCAAGACUGUCGCAAGUUGCUUGAACUCAUAUGCAAAAGGAGAGCAUGGAGAGAGUGAGCCCCGUUCGGUUGGCGUACAAACGCUCAUGGCAUGACUUUGCUGCUGCAAAGGACCAAAACCAGCAACCACAACUCCACGUGAGCUUCGCUGUAGGCUGCAAGGCCAAGGUCUUCUGGUCUCCCAGUGGCACUCUCUACCCGAAGGCACGGGGACUUUCCUCGCAGCAUAGCUGGGAGCAAGCUCCCUGUGUGUUCGCUGCGCGGCCAUGCUUCUCCUGCCCCCUAAACUGCAAAAUUCCUGCAACAACAAGACAGGCAUGGAAUGAAACAAGCUACUCCUAUGUCGACCUUGUUCCUCUGCUGUUCCUCCACCUUCAUCAAUUUCAGAUUU